UACAGCAAUCAAACUCCCGUCUUCAGCGUAUCUUAACCUCAACAAAUUCCAGUCAUAUCGAGCUGCGCGGUCUUUCCAGUUGUUUCGACGUUGCUCGAAGCGUCAGCGUUUUUCUUUUCCAUAAAAGUGAUGCCGAUCGAUAUCCCUCCUGAAAUAUCCUCGCGGAAGGGGUUGAAACCAUCAACAGUGAAAUGAAGGGGUUGCACAGCGACGGUGACGAAGUAGAUUUGAGCGUCGAAGAGCGCCGGGGGUGACAGUGAAGUUUCUAAAAUACUCGCCGAUCGCCGACAAGAUGUAUCGCUACUUAUGGUCGUUGUUAUGCUGGUAUUUCCGACCGUUGAUCAAAUGGUUUUUGCAUCGUACAACGCAGAUGUGUGAACUCCAGCGAAUUUGCUACGGCGAGCCGGCGGGAGCUCGAAGGAUUUGCGCGGUCGAGGAGAGCCUCAGGAAUUCCCGAAACCCGGAUAUAAAGUCGCUAGUUCUUUACCUGGACAGUGUUAGCGACAGGCGGGAAAUAACCACCAAAUCAGAGCGAGGGAUACUCGAAGAGGCGAUCAGGACGGUGCUGGUUACCAAAAAAAUAAACCCUGUCGCUCAUCCAGACUUUGCAAGGUCAUUCGGGAAAUGUGUCGAGCUCAUCUGGGGUUAUCGUCAGCUGUGUGUCCAUGUCGAGGAGCUUCGAAAGACGGCCUACGACGCGGACAAUGCGGAGCACGAAUUGAUGCUGCUAAAGCUCUGGAAUUUGCUCAUGCCGCACGAGCCGCUCGAAGGACGCGUCACAAAACAGUGGCAAGAUAUCGGCUUUCAGGGCGACGAUCCAAAGACCGAUUUUCGCGGCAUGGGAAUACUGGGACUCGAGAAUCUUGUUUACUUUGCUCAGGAAUUCCCCACCGCCGCUAAGCACGUUCUAUUGCAUUCCAUUCAUCCCAGAUAUGGAUAUGCCUUUGCCAUUGUUGGAAUUAAUCUCACUAGCAUGGCGCUCAGGCUACUCAGGGAUGGAUCGGCAAAAACGCACGUCUACAACGCUGCUAAGACCUUGCCAACCGUUAGAGUAUUUCAUCAGUUUUACUGCUAUCUUAUGUACGAGUUCGAUAGACUCUGGAUCGAGUCCAAGCCCAGCAAUAUGAUGGAGUUUUCGUCCAUUCAAGAAAAGUUUGAGAAUAACAUCAGGACUUUAUUGAAUAACCCUAAGACUGUAUUCAGAGUAAACAUCUCUGUUGAUAAUGUAUAACUUCUUACGAUUUCUAAUCGCAGAUGGACCAAGCUUCAUAUAAUUAUGCGCUUCGUACCAGGGUCUUUAAUUGUUAUUUGUGAUGUGUGGAUGCUGUUUUAUGCUAUACAUAUAGAGUUGAAAAAGCUGAGCAGCUGUUCUGUCUUACACUUUUUUUGUUAUUCAGUUUAGAUCCUAAUUGUCACUGACUGAAGACCUUGAGAGCAUGUCGAAAAAUCAGUCGCGUUUUUGACAAUCAAAUCUCAUAAUUAUGGUAAACUAAAUGUUGAAGAUUUUGUUAGAUCAUUCUCAGUAUCGUAGACAGACUGCCUAUGUGUAAAACACUGCCCUGGAUAAAUUUACUGUUACCUUCUUUGGGAUACUCGCAAGCAAUGUCAUAUCUUUCAAUGCAAUCGCACCUGUAUUUUAUAUUUAGAUAAUAGUAUGGCAGUGGUUUUAGGUACAUUGUACAUUCCGCAAUAGCUUGCCAAAUUCCUCUUUUGAAUAAGUACUACAGUUUUGUAUUUUUUAUGCACGGGGGAGUGAAUAUAUUUUUUUAACACAGGGUUUCAUCUGAAACCAAUCUUGGUGCUUUAAGAAUAACGGAAUACAAACGAGGACGUGUUUG